UCCACGUCUCUUGAUGCAUUGACAGGUUGAACGGCGUUUCCCGACCCUUCCCCGUCUCCCCGUUUCUCUCUCUCUCCCGAGUUUUGCCUCCGGGCCAUCAAAGGCUACGAUCCUCUUUGAUAUCUUUGUUCAGAAAGCUCGUCCCUCGUUGCGCAGCCUGCUUACGGAGUUCCCAGGAUACCCCUGAGAGUCGUGCCAUUCCCUCCAUUAAUUAAACUCGGGCACCACCCUCUGCACGACCGAAACUCUCGCCAGCGUGCCCCUCGCCUUCGAGCGGGAUGAGCAGAAAAGCUCCCGCGCGCCGCUCGGCUACCCGUUAUGCUUUCUGGUCUGUGUCCGAAUCUGUCUCAUGGCCACCAACUACAUGUCUUGUCUGCGUAGACAUGUCGAGAGACAAGGAGGGGAAAGAUGGGAUGGAAAAGUCAAAAAGUCAAAGUAGGAAGACGAUCGUCAUCAAAUUACUCCAUCUGCUCAGCGCUGCUGCAGGUGUUUGCUUGGUAAUUAUUGGCAAAAAAAAACUCCACAGGUGUGUAAAUCAUCUUUACCCCUUAGGAGACCUGCGGCACAUUGCGCAACAUCCCACAGCCUGUCAGAUGCGCAGGCACUGCAGGUCGCAGCAUGAGAAGAAUCCACACAUGUCCAAGGGUCUACUUGAUCCCUCCCUCGAGUGCAGCGUGCCCCCGUCAACGACCAACAGAGAUACGCAGGGGAACGGAGGCCGCUCAAACUCAAUUUGUAUCCAAGCAACCAGAGAGGAGUUCGCAGAGGCUGGGCGGGUAUCGAGGAAGGAGAGAAGAGGAGGAUCCUCGUCCAACCCGUGCUUCCACAAUACGAGACUCCCAGUCAUUCUCGGACAAGACCCUUCUUCUUUGGGGAAGGGGGUCCCUCGUCUUUGCCAUGCGAGACACAACGAUCCCUCAAAUGGGCGUAUCCCACGAUAUCCGUGGUUGAGAGGAUCAAGGUCUUAGACAUUUGCGUUUAGCUCCCGUCGGUUGGCAUGCAACCUCUCGCUCGGGGCAACGAAACAAAAUAUCAAUUGCCUAUUAACUUGGAAGAAUCGAACCAAAGGCUGGGCAAUCUUGCAUCUUACCAACCAACAC